AUGAUUCUCACACACAGGCUGGAGCUGCGGCGGUGGGUGGCGGCGGCGGCGCGGAGAAGCCGGUGGCGGUGCUCGCCAAACCUCGCGACGACGAUCACCGUGAGGGAGCCCCCGGAGUGGCGGUGGGGGGAGGGGGCGGAGUGGCGGCGGGGGGGGGGCUCGAGCCCCCCGGCCAGGGCGGCGAGCGAGCGGCCGGCUCAGCCGCUCUACCACAUCCACAACCGCGGCAGCGGCGGCGGCGGCGGCGGCGGCGGCGGCGUGCCGCAGCCUCCGGCCACCGGCGGGACCACGACGGCCUCGUCCAGCGCCGCCGUCACCUCGGCCGCCGCCGCCGCCACCGCCACCACGGCUACCGUGGGCACGGCCAACGCGGCCACCGCCGAGAAUGGCUCUGCGCCAUCGGCACCGCCACGCCUGUUGCUGCUGCUGCAGCCCACGGAGCGAAUGAAGCACAGCGUGAAGCUGCUGGACGAGCACAUGGGGUGGUGCGACACUGCCAUGGAGAUGCUGCUGGACCAGACGGACUUCCUGGUGGUCGGGGUUCUGGGCCCUCAGGGCGUGGGGAAGUCCACCAUCAUGUCCCUGCUGGCCACCAACUCUCCUGAGGACGACCCCCGGCUCCACGCAUUCCGCUCCCAGAGCCAGGAGAGCCGUGAGCGAGCGAGUCACCACACCAGCGGCGUGGAGCUCUUCAUCAGCCAGGAGCGCGUGUUCUUCCUGGACACACAGCCAGUGCUGAGUGCGUCUGUGCUGGACCACUUCAUCAACAACGAACGUAAACUUCCCCAGGAGUUCUCCCUGCCACACACGUUUGUGGAGGUGCACUCUCUCCAGUUGGCUGCUCUGCUGCUUACCGUGUGCCACGUGCUGCUCGUGGUGCAAGACUCACCGUGGGAUACUCGCCUCUACCGGUUCCUGCGCACGGCCGAGAUGCUGAAGCCGUCUUGCCCCCAGCCCAGCCACGAGUCCAACUCCACCCUGGGCACAGAAGACUCCACAGAGCACUACCCACACCUGGUGUUUGUACAGAACCGAGCGCCGCGUGAAGACUUCUCUCCCCGCCGCCUCGAGGAGAUGGAGCAGACGGUCGCCUCGCUCAUGCGCCACUCCAACCUCAAGCACCGCGGGGUGGUGUCCAUGCCCGGCCGUGCCGCCGCCGCCGCCGCCGCUGCCGCGGGGUCAGCGGCCGUCUCCCUCUUCCUGCUGCCGGCGUCGGGCGACGGAGACGCGGACGAGAAAGCCUCACGCAGACCCGGGGCUCCGUUCUCGCUGCUGCCCGCGUUCCGGGGCCACUCGGGGUUCCCCAGCCUCGUGGCGCGACUCCGCAAGCAGGUGCUCAGCUCACCCCGCCCACCGCUCACCCACACCACGCUGACCGAGAAGAACUGGUUCCACUUUGCGGCGCGGAUCUGGGACGCGGUUCGCAAGUCUCCACUCAUGGCCGAGUACGGACGACUGCUCGCGUAGACGCGGGGAGACACGGGGAGACACGGAGAGACACGGAGAGGAGGUGGAGACACGGGGAGGAGGCGGAGACACGG